AUGGAUCGGAACACAGAGCCCGAGUCUGCCCCCAUAUCCACACGAAGAAGAAGGAGCAUUGUGACAAUGACGGAGACACAGCUGCUAUCAAUAGACCUCAGUCUCAUGUCCACAGAGAUGUUCCCGUCUGUCGCCGAGAACGAGAGACAUAGUCCAGGAACAACGAUCACAGAAAAGGAGGCCGGUCCAAGCACGGAGAACGACCAAGAGAAGGGCAAAGGUGCCAAGCUCUGGAUUGUCAUCACAUGUGCUAUUCCAGCGACAACUGACGAGUUUCAUUCUUUGCAAGAUAUCGGUUGGUAUGGCAGUGCCUAUCACGUUUCUAAUGCCGCUUUCCAGCCGCUCACAGGUAAAAUCUACCGCUACUUCAGCUCAAAGUGGUCUUUUUUCGUCUUCCUAGUCUUGUUCGAGAUUGGAUCUCUUGUAUGCGGGGCUACGCCUUCGUCCCUGAUACUGAUCAUGGGCAGAAUCAUCGCGGGGAUAGGAAGUGCGGGCAUGAUGAGUGGUGGCCUGACGAUCAUCGCCGGAUCAGUACCUCUAGAGAAAAGACCUGCUCUUAUGGGACUGGUCAUCGGACUUGCAAACUCUGGCAGCGUUUGCGGUCCUGUUCUUGGUGGAGUACUGACCGACUAUGCCAAUUGGCGUUGGACAUUCUACAUCAACUUCCCGAUUGGCGGCGUCGUCCUUCUGUUUCUGGCAUGGUGCGAGAUUCCCGAUCAGGUGCCGAAACCGAGUCCUAUGGCGGUCAUUGCGAAAUUGCACACGUAUCUAGAUUUUACCGGCUUUUUAUUAUGCGCUGGUGCUGCGGUGUCAUUUCUCACGGCCCUCGAGCUUGGUGGGAACGAAUAUGCUUUUAACAGCCCCACGAUGAUAGAAUUGUUCUGCGGCUCUGCUGUGGCUCUCGUAACAUUCUUGGCCUGGAACUAUCGAAAAGGAGAUGACGGGCUCAUCCCAUCAUCAAUGGCCGGUAAGAGGCCCGUCUGGUCCGCAGCCGCUACAAACUUCACCUUUGUUGGCUCGGCGAUGAUCCAGAUCUACCUGCUCCCGCUCUACAUACUUCCAGGCAGUACAAAGCGCCACGCCGGUUCAGAGCGGGAUCAACGUUUUGCCAAGCAUCUUGUCACAGCUAGCUUUCGCCUACGGCGGAGGCGUGCUAGUCGGUAA